UCAUGGCUCGUAUUGGAACUUUGCCGUUGUGCAUCGUAUUGAUAUCAAAAUGGGUUGUUUCGGAAGCAAAGACAAGUUGAGCAAAGAAGAUAUGGACUUCCUCAAGUCGCAUACGCGAUAUGAUGAAGCGACUAUAAAGGAAUGGUACAAAGGUUUUAAACAAGACUGUCCUAAUGGCAGGUUAACGCCGGCGAAAUUUGUUGACAUGUACAAAAUGUUCUUCCCGUCCGGUAACGCGGAAGAAUUCUGUGAUCACGUGUUCCGCACAUUCGACAUGGACAAGAAUGGUUACAUCGACUUUAAGGAAUUCCUAUUGGCGAUCGACGUAACGUCCAGCGGCACGCCGGAAGAAAAACUGAAAUGGGCGUUCCGCAUGUACGACGUUGACGGCAACGGCGUUAUCGAUAUGCAGGAAAUGACGAAGAUCGUCCAGGCGAUAUACGACAUGCUCGGCGCAUGUUCGAGCAAUAGGCCGGCAGACAGCGCAGAGGAAAGAGCGAAGAACAUAUUCGCGAAAAUGGACGAGAACAACGAUGGGCAGCUAACGCAGGAAGAAUUUCUGAAGGGUUGCCUCCAGGACGAGGAACUAUCGAAGAUGCUCGCUCCUUAAUCCCGACGUCGCCGCACUUCCGCACGAGCCGUCGACGCACGAUCGUAAAGGACACCCCACACCGACUCCCUCAUAAAACUCGACGGAAACGUCAAAACGCCGGCAACAAUAAGGCCACCACCGAAACGGACACUCGCAAACACACACGCAUCAUUUACACGCGACACGUAUCAACGACAAUUUCCUAUUAACUAUGACAUACGCUAUUAUUGUGACGAUUCGAUAACUAGGCCGUCACUCAUGCUCGACGGGAAGGGUACGAGCCAUGAUAACGGACGACGAUCGAGGAUGAUA